AUGACGGAUGCCAAGCUGCUCCUGGGGGUUCACGACGCGGAGCCGAUCCAAAGCACCAUGGGUGACCCCAAUGUAUACUCUCCGGCUGCCCGGAUUGUCUGCUCGACCAGCAUAUUGUGGUUCUUUGUCCCUGUUGUGUGGAGUUGCCAAGUUCCGGAGAGGUCCAUGCUUUUGGAGACUGUUUGGGCCGCAGAUGUCUUCCUACUUGGCGCUGCUCUGAACUACUGGAUGGAUGGAACCCGCUACACUUGGAAAAUGUUCCUUGAUGUGGUAGCAGUUGUGACAUUGUGCAUGCUUGGCACGGUUCACGCAUUCGCCUUGGGCGGCAUGGUGCCUUGCGCGGCCGCUGUUCCAGGGGCAGUCUUCGCAUUCUGCUUCGUGGUGAACUGUAUGCAGGUCUCAACCUGUGGAGGUGCUGACAAGGUUGACACUACAUGGGUCCUUACCUUCCUCUCAUACCGUUGGGGAGGAUUGGUGGCCGCUAUUGUCAUCAUGAGUGCAGCCAGUAACUCAAACCUGUCUGCGAUUUGGACGUCUUGUUGGUUCAGGGUGUUGGUAGUGUCCAUUGCCUAUUACUUGCACAACCUCAAGGUCUGGUACGGGACGCUGCACCUGAAUCGUCUGAAAGGCGGUGACCGUGAGGCAUUUACCUUUGCGGCCCUUCGUUACAUGCUGGAGGUUUCCGCUGUGUGCGCUUUGUGCGCAGGCAUGAAGGGCUAG